AUGGGUGCUGACCCCUGGCAGAGCGUGGCCGUAUCGGGUCGCAACCAGGACCCAGGCUCACUUCCUGCCAGGAGCACCAACACCCUCCGGUAUCCCCCACAGAGGUUACCACAGUCAGUAUCCCCCACAGAGGAUGCCACAGCCGGUAUCCCCCACAGAGGUUACCACAGUCAGUAUCCCCCACAGAGGAUGCCACAGCCGGUAUCCCCCACAGAGGUUACCACAGUCUGUAUCCCCCACACAGGAUGCCACAGCCGGUAUCCCCCACAGAGGAUGCCACAGCCGGUAUCCCCCACAGAGGUUGCCACAACAGGUAUCCCCUCACAGAGACUGCCACAGCCAGUAUCCCCUACUGAGGUUUCCACAGCCAGUAUACCCCACAGAGGAUGCCACAGCCAGUAUCCCCCACAGAGGUUGCCACAACCGGUAUCCCCUCACAGAGACUGCCACAGCCAGUAUCCCCUACUGAGGUUUCCACAGCCAGUAUCCCCCACAGAGGAUGCCACAGCCAGUAUCCCCCACAGAGCUUACCACAGUCAGUUUCCCCCACAGAGGAUGCCACAGUCAGUUUCCCCCACAGAGGAUGCCACAGCCAGUAUCCCCCACAGAGGUUGCCACAAACGUGUUAAUAGGAGCGCGGCCAGCCAGGCGUGGAGCUGUGACAGUUCAGCAGACAAUCCCCACCACCUCCACCCCUAUUCCCUCCCCUCUGCAUCCCCCUCUGCCACCCCCCGGCCGCCCCUGCUCCCAGCGCACAGCUCUAAUAUCCCUGCCCGGCCGGGCCGGCACCCCCCCUGGCAGAUGUAA